AUGAUGAUUCAAAACUUUCAAAACAUACUUGUUAACAUCAAAUAUGUGUGGGAAAUACAAGUGAAGUGGGCCCGGCCAAGGAGCGUCCACUCUCGCAGCUGCCGGGCUCCGGCCAGACGGCUGGUCCCCACAGAGGCGCGGAGACCCAAACGAGGGAUCUCGGUGGGACUCACACCUGCACAACCCACGGGUCCUCGCACGGCUCCACGCGUGUUCCGCUCCGCCCAGGACCGCUGCGCGCGCCCGGCCUUAGUCCCGCCGGGCGCGGCGGAGCGCUUUCCGGGCGACACCGGAGGGAGGAGCCUAGCCGUUGCUAAGGCCGUUGCUAGGGCCCGGCUCUGCGCGGGCCCUUCUGGCAAAGGUAACGGACGGGGAGGACCGCGGUACGGGGUUAGACGGAAAGUCCCGCCUCAGCGUCUCCGGUGGUCGGUGGUGUUGCCCUUUUCCGGAGAGACGGGAUGGAAGACCAGGACCCCGCUCCUGGUUGUGCUAUCUCCUACAAGUUGGAGCCACAGCUUACCUGUCAAGAAAGAAAGCACGGUGAAUCACACAAAAAUUUUAGAGGUCAGCCCUAAAAAUGGCAAAAUGCAAGAACCUCCAAAGAACAUUGAAGAAUUCUUAAAGCUUCAAAACUUGGAUCACUGGCCAAAGGAAAUCCAUUUUGGGGAUAAUGAUAAAUUGUUAUGUACUCUGAAGAAAAUAAAAGAAGAUAGUUCAUUUACUUCAAUUUAUACACAUCUAUGGGGAAAUGUCCCACGAAUACAUGAUGCGGCCAUGGCCAUGGAGUCAAGAUUAGCAGAGUGUUCAAUUCUUCUGAAAAACCAUGUCUCUGAAAUAUUUGAGUGGAACAGAAUAACUUCCAGGACAAGUUCUCAUGGAAAAUUGGAACAGCAUAAGGCAUUUCUAAGGAAUUACCAUAAGGAAAAGAAGAUAAUGCUUUCAGAUGACAUGGAGACAAAGAAGGAUAUAGAGGGUUGCAGCUUCCCAGGAUUCAGAACAAAUGAGCUUACUCAACUACCCAGACAUUUGAAUGCUGAACGAAUUUAUCUUUUUAUUUUAAAAGCCCAUAACUUUGACGGAAAAAUUUUUAAAAUCUGGAAGACUCAUUUCCUCUCAGAAGCCUCUGUUGCUCUUUUGCAUGAUUCCUUUUGGUGGUGGUUUCUCCAUAAAUUUAAGCCUGAAAGAGAAAGUCAAGAUUCCUUGUUUGAUAGAAUUUCAGAAAGUUAUGUGUCACUUUUCAUGAGCAUACCUCUAAGUCAAAAGGAUGCAUUCUUUCAGGUGUAUCCUGAUUGUUUGGCACAAGCUAUCUAUGCAACAUUCCAGGAAGCAUUUCCAGAAUCCAUUGAUUUCUUUAAUGAUGAAUUUAAAGAAGAUCUAGGGAAUAACAUUUUUCUCUGGUUGUCAGGUUUAAAACCUAAAAAAGACUUUUGGACCCACUGGAAGCUGAACGAACUCUCCACAACAACCAUUCAUGGUAGCAAGAAAACACCUUCAGAAUCUAUAAAGUACAGGAUUGCAAGAAGUCAAGAACACAUAUCAACUUAUAUAGACUUCGAUAUGACAAAAAUUUUAAAGAAUCCAGAAGGAUAUACAAUGCCCGCAUCCAAGGAAGAAUCAAGAUUAUCAGGACUACCAACAAAGUCCCAUUAUAGCAGUAGUGGCCCAGAGUUUAAGCGUGUUCUCUUCAAAUUUGGAGGUCAGAGUCCACUGAUUUUAUAUUAUCUUAAGAUGCAUGAGCUAGCUGGUAUUUCUAAAGCCCCUAGACAAGUCAAGAUUAAACUCACUGAAAUAUUGAAAGAACCAUCACCUGCUCCAACUUAUUGUGAUAUUCUGAAGGAGGCAAAAAGACAAUUUGCAAACAACCAAAAGGAUUUUAGAAUGCUCCAAGCAAAGGCUACCAAGAAACCUUACGAAGUUAAGAAUGAUUUUGAGAAUUUCCUACAAAAACUGCGUUCUAAAGCCCGAACUGAGAGAAAACUUCUGGCAUCACUAUCAUCAUCAUCUUCAAUAACAGAAGACUUCAACCUUGAGGAAGAAGAAUGCCAAGAGAAACCAGAAAUAAACUGUAUUUAA